ACGUGGGAUUCAACUGCAUCGCUCAGAACAAAGUGGAACUGCCCUAGUGAUCUUCGGUCUACCCUGAGUAUGGGGGAUGCUUAUCAGUUCCCUGUGGCCCUCCAUUGGGAUCUGGGACCAGAAAAACUGAAAGAGCUAAAGAACAAGCUUCUUGUGUAUUUUCAUAGUAAGAACAAGUCUAAUGGAGGGGAGUGUGUGAUCAAGGAUCCAGACUGCACAAAGGGAUACGUUCUCAUCCACUUCAGCCAAGAAACAGUGAGAGACAACGUUCUCCUAAAACCAGCCCAUGAGCUGAGCCUAGGGAAAGGACAGACAAUUAAGUUGAACAUCAGUUUACCAGAGGAGGGGAAUCCAAUUGGAAACAAGGUCCAGAAAUCAGAAUUCAAGGGAACUCCAACCAAGGAACCGAAAGCCGAAUUAAUUCCAGUCAAGGAACCUUCAUUCAUAAGUCCAAUCAAGGAACCUCUCGAUGACUCCACAGACACAGACAUUCCACAGUACCCAGGUUCUCCAACACCAGAGGGGCCAGGUCAGGAGGAUGAGAACAGGAAACCAGUCUCUUCCUCCAUGGUUUUGAUUGAGAAUAUUCAAGAAACGUGCACUGAAGAAAUGUUAACUCUGCUUUUGGAGAAAGUCAGUGACAACACCGAAAUCCAACACCUUGAAAUCAUUCAUGAGAUCCAUUCUGCUGUGGUCACUUUUAAUGAUCAAGUUGAUAUCUCCAGCUUUAUACAGAGAUUCUCCAGCAGCCAGAGGGUGCAGCAGAUGAAACUAACAGCAAAGCCUCUGGAAGAGACUAAAAGUGUCAGAGUAGAGGGUCUACCCCCCAACACAUCUGAGGAUCACCUGAUAGUUUACUUUGAGAGCCCGCGACAUGGAGGGGGAACCAUAGAGACAGUGAAGCGAAUUCUGGAGGAAGAUGCUGUGAUAGUAACAUUCUGUGGCGAAAAAGAUGCAAAGAGAGUGUUGGGGAUGCAGCAUGUGUUUGGGAAGAAGCCAAUAUCAGUGUAUCCAUACAUUAUGUCCCUGGAAACAACAUUAUAUGGGGAGAAAGGACCUCAUGUAACAUUACCCAAACCCCUGGAGGUCCCAAUCAGUCCAUAUGUACUGGAAUUUAUACUGGGACAACCACAGAUGAAAGUUGAAAUAGACAAAAAGAUGAUGGAAAAGAAUUGUGAGGUCACAUGGCCAGAUCCAAAUUGCUCUAAUCCCACCAUUAUACUUUCCAUUCCCAGCUCCAUAUCAUCUCAUGUCAGGACAAUGGCAAAGAUUGUACAGACAUGGAGAGACCAGGCCUCUUCAGAAUGCUCCCUUAUUAUUAACAGGUUCAAAGAUAAAGAAUACAAUGUGAAUCCAUCAGUUUGGAAAGCCAUCAAAAGAGAAGUCAGCAGCCCCACAUAUGGGGAAAUUUUGGUCAAACCAGACCUUGCCAAACAGAAAGUCUUCCUUGCAGGACCCUCCCAGGUUAUGACUGAGAAAGAGCAAGCAUUCGGGGAACUGGUAGAAAAUACCACUAGACAGAUUGAUAAACAGAAUCGAAGUAUGGAUUUGUCUGAGCCACUGGCUCCUGCUCUGUAUGAAAUAAUGUUCAAAAGUGGUCAUAUAAAGAAAAUUCUCCAGUCACAGUCUCCAGAUCUCAGAAUUGAGUAUGAUGUGCCAACCAGAAACCUCAAGAUCUAUGGAGUCAAAGAAGAAGUUCUCUCUGCUAAAUCUGAAAUACACAAAGCAACACAGCAACUGAAAUCUAAAUCCAUCACUCUUGAUACCUACAUCAUCCAUUACUUGGGAUUUACUGAUAAUGAUGAGUUGUCCUGUUUUCUCCUCACACAGCACAAUAUUAAUGCAAUGUUUCAGACCGAGGAUAAAUCAGUCAGUCUGACUGGACUCUCCAUGAAGGAUCUGUCAGAGGCAGAAAAACAGAUGAGACAUGAGUUCGUUUGUAAGCAAAUUACUGUUGAAGACAAGAUGAUUAUCCAAAAACCUGAGUGGAAAAGUCUCAUUACACAAGUGCAUCAUUUAUUUAACUCAGAGAGAUGCACAGUUGUGAUUGAGGAGUUUCCCAGAGGAGCAGAGAAUCAGGUGGUUAUUGCUGGUCUGGCUUCCAGCGUAGGAAAUGCUUCCCAACAGAUCCAUGACUUUUUGGAGAGAAACACUCCUAUACAGAAGGAUAUUCAGGUCAAGUCUGUGGCUGUUAUACAGUUUAUAAUGCAAGAGAAGAAGCAGCUUUAUGAAGAAAUAAAAAGUAAGAACGUAAAGGUUGUUAUAAAAGAAAAAGUUAUCACUCUGAGUGGGUCCAGACUGUAUGUUCAUCAGGCAGCCAACCUUAUAGAAAGGGCUCUCUCCACUAUUCACACCAAUGUUCUGUGCAUUAACGAGCCGGGAGCCAAGCAAUUCUGGAUAGAGAAGGAAGAGAUGUAUUUUAGCACAAUCAAAAACAAAUUCAGAUGUUUAAUAUACUUUCAGAUAGAUGGAGAAGAUGAAUUCACAGAUGAUGACAUGGUUCAGGGUAAUCCAGAGUGCCAAAUAGACUUGCCAGAAGGAGUGACCAUUGCAGUCUAUAAGGAUGACCUGACCCGUCACCAUGUUGAUGUUGUAGUUAAUGCAGCCACUGAAGAUCUGAAGCUCACUGAGGGGCUGGCACUGGCCCUACUGAAUGCUGCAGGGCCCAAACUACAAGAUGAAUGUAAUCAUAUUAUAAAAACAGAUGGGAGAUUAUCAGCUGGUGAUUCAGUAGUUACAGAUGCUGGUAAUCUGCCUUGCAAGCAGGUUAUACAUACUGUUUGCCCCAAGUGGGAUCCAAAAAUACAAACAAAAUGCACACGACUGCUCCGGAGAGCAAUAAGCAGGUGCUUAGAACUGGCUGCAGAAAAUAAACACAGUUCCAUUGGGAUCCCAGCUGUUGGUUCCCAGAUGUCUGGCUUCCCUGUGAAUGUCUGUGUGCAAAACAUCGUGGAGUCGGUUCGGCAGUAUGUGGAAAACCCAGAAAGAUCUAAAAAUGUUAAAAGAAUUCAUCUUGUGGAUUCUGCUGGUGAUACAGUUGCAGCUUUCACUGAGGCUGUUAAGGCUGAAUUUGGAGAUAAUAUUUUAAGCACAUCACCUACUGACAAUCUCAAUAAAGCAAAACAUUCAGAAAACAAAGAAUUACCAAAAAGGGCAGACAGUCAGGUUGCAACAACCAAGUUGGGCCUGAACAUCACAAUAAAUAAAGCCAAUAUUCAAGAUGCAACAACAGAUGUAAUAGUGAACAGUGUGGGAAAGAGGUUGGAUUUAAAUUCCGGAGCAGUUUCUAAAGCUCUAAGUGCCAAAGCUGGUGCCAAACUCCAGGAACAAUUAAAAGAACUGAGCCGUGGGGCCCAAGUGGAAGAAGGUUCUGUAUUUGUAACGAAUGGAUUUGGCCUGAACUGUAAGAAAGUCAUUCAUGUUGUGACUCCCGGGUGGGAUCAAGGAAAGGGCUCUGCUGAGAAGACAUUAAAGGAAAUAGUGAAGAACUGCCUGAGUACCACAGAGAAGGAGAAACUGAAAUCCAUAACUUUCCCUGCCAUUGGAACAGGAGCUCUUGGUUUCCCUAAAGAUUUGGUGGCUUCCUUAAUGUUUGAGAGAAUUCUGAAAUUCAGCAGAAAUAAUAAAUGCCAUAUUCAAGUUAAUUUUGUGCUGCAUCCAACUGACACAGAAACCAUCCAGGCAUUUUCUAGUGAACUAUCAAGAAGGACAGAAGCCUCUGAUUCCAGUCAUCACUCCAAGGAAGGAAAAGCCUUGUUUGGAUCAGUCACCAACCAGACACCUGGGGUCCAUGAGAUGAGAAUUGGAUCACUUACCUAUCAAGUUAAAACAGGGGAUAUAACUAAGGAAAACACUGAUGUUAUUGUCAAUUCGUCUGACAACUCAUUUAUUCUGAAAACAGGUAUUUCCAAGGCAAUACUAGAGGCUGCUGGGAAUACUGUGGAAGGUGAAUGUGCCACACUUGGUGCCCAGGCUAACAAAGGCUACAUCAUCCCAAAAGGUGGGAAUCUGCCUUGCAGUCACAUCAUUCAUGUUCAUGGAAAGACAAAACCUGAUGAGAUUAAAGCCUCUGUAUUGGAUGUCCUCCAGGAGUGUGAGAAUAUAAAGGCCACAUCAGUUGCUUUCCCAGCAAUGGCAACAGGAGUGGAAGGGAUGACACCUGCUACAGUGGCGGAUGUCAUGUUAAAUGCUCUGGAGGAAAACUCAAAAUAUGCCCAGUCUGUACAGAUGGUGAAAGUGAUUAUCCAGCAGGAGAUGCAGGGAGACUUCGUUAGUACAAUGAAAAGCAAAGAGGGCACUGGGCCACCUGAACAAUCCUGGCUUUUUGGCAAGAUGCAGUCUAUUCUUAACUAUUUAACCUCCAAAAAAGCUGAACCGGAGAAGCCAGAUCUUUUUAUACUAAAGGAAAACAUUGAACCAGCGAUUUUCCAUCUUUGCGGAGAAGAUAAAGAACAAGUAAUGAAGGCUUCAGAUUGGCUAAAGGAUAUUUUAUUAAAGGAACUAAACGAGAUUGUUCUUUCCGAUGAUUGGAUCAGGGAUUUUGAGGAAGAAGAGCACAAGAAAUUAACUGACCUUCAGAAGAAAUAUCCAGUUUCAAUCUCUAUUGAUUCCCUAAAUUCUACUCUGAAAGUCUCUGGUCUCUCCAGGGAUGUUCUGGAAAUAACAAAAGAAAUCCAUGUUAUUAUAAAAGAGGUCAAUGACAGGAAAACAAGGGAGAGGGAAGCUGAGCUCUAUAGUAACCUGGUGGAAUGGAAGUAUCAUACUGGCUCUGGGAUGGUUCCCUUUGAUAAAAUGUCCAAUCUGGAUCUAGAAAAAGCCAUAAAUGAGAGCAGGCAAAGUCUCAUGGUCGAUGUUGCUGGAAUAAAACACACCGUCAACAUGGAGAUGAAAACUGCGUCUGAUGCUAAAGGAAAUAAAGUUAAUAUUGUACGAAUGCCUAAAACUAGCGCCUCAAUAGAUUUACCCAGUCACUGGCUCCCAAUGGGAAAUGAUCAGGUGAAAACUGAGUUUGUGAGACCUGGAACUGAAGAAUAUCAAGUUGUCCAAGACAUGUUUCAGAAGACCUGCCAGAUGAAGAUACUUAUGAUUCAGAGAAUACAGAACCAGUACCUAUGGCUGAACUACCAGAUUAAGAAGCAGAGUAUUGACACCAAGAAUAAUUCUUGCAGCAAUGAGAGACAGCUGUUCCACGGGACUGAACACAUUGCGAAAGUCAACAAUAAUGGUUUCAACCGCAGCUUCUCAGGGGCCAACGGGACUAUGAUUGGGAAAGGGACAUAUUUUGCUGUUGAUGCCAAUUACUCUGCCAAUGACACCUACUCCAAGCCUGACGCAAGUGGCAAUAAAUAUAUGUAUCUGGCACGUGUCCUCACUGGAGAAUACUGUAGUGGAGAAAAAGAAAUUAACGCUCCUCCACCGAAGGACCCAAACGGAUCAAACCCAACGGAUCUGUUUGACAGUGUAACAGAUAAUAUGAAGCAGCCUACAAUGUUUGUCAUAUUUAAUGAUAUCCAGGCGUAUCCUGAGUAUCUCAUCACAUUUACCAAAAAAAUGGCACAUAGAGUACCCCGCUGGCUGGUAUAAAUGUCCAAUUAUUAAUAGAGAAAAGAAGGUCAGGCAACCCCAUACCACUUGGGUGCUGCCAUUCCCAUGUUACCGGCACUUGCUGGUACUAGGGGUAGUAAAUCAGUAUGAAUUGACAGUUUUCAAUAUACAGAUUUAUAUAGUCAAUAGUAACUUGUAUCUGAUUAUUUCCAUGUAAUUUGCCAUCCAAUCAUUACAUUUGGAGUAUAUGGUGGCUUGAGAGAUGUUAUUUUUGCCCUUUCUUUUUUUACCCAUCAAAGACACAAACUAACACAAUAUAAAUGCCUGCUGGCAAAUGUCUGUUUUUCAUAUGGUGUAUAAUGGCAACCAAUCCAAUUAUAGCUUGGAUUUACUACUAGUAUAGCCACAGUAGGAACCUAGCUAUAGAUACAGUAAGUAGCCAUGAUGCAGUGUAACCAUUUCAAUGUCACUCGCACACUCAUCCUUGCACCACUGCAUGUGUAUCUGCUGUGCCCGCUCUGGGAACAUCUGAAAAAUGUGUUAUAGAAGAACGUGAGCAAAGUGAGUGCAAUGAUACUCUUGUAUCCAUGUAAAUGUAUACAGUAUCUCUGCCAGAUUCACAAUUGUUACGAUAAGGAAGCUCAAUAAAUACUUAAUAUAAACAA